UCAGAAAAAAUAUACAUCACGUUGUGUUGUAUGCUAUACAGUCGGCCAAAAAGUGUGUGAACUCAUGUUGUUUUAUUCACUAUAAAUAGUUCCGACUUAAAAUAAAAAAUACUAAAACCCCGUGAUAAGGAUUUAUUCUACUAAUUCUGGAGUUUUGUGUACUUCAUCAUAUGCUGGACUACCUAUAUAGAAAUUGCUAGUUUUACUCGGUACAUCCUCUGGCAAGAUCAUUUUACUCAUGGUGGUCGUCAAUGAAACCUUCAACAAUUCCUAUACCGAGAAUAUUACAGAAUUCUCUGCUCAGAAUGAACCUUUCUACGAAUUUGUACAUAUCCUCUACAAGUACUUCAUUCCCUUCCUCUGCGUGUUCGGGAUCGUCGGAAAUGUUCUCUCGUUCCGUGUCUUCAUUUUCACGAGUUUUGCCAAGCAACCCUCCAGCGUCUAUUUGGCGGCGCUCAGCGUGUCAGACACGUGGUUUCUGUCCGCACUGCUCGUCAGUUGGGUCGGUAGUAUCGACAGGUUCGCCACACAGUCAAGAGUUUUUUGUAUGAUCUCCAUUUACAUAACUUACGUAACUAGCUUUUUGUCCAUAUGGUACGUGGUGUUGAUAAUGUUGGAUAGAUACAUCGUUGUCUGUCAUCCACUGAAAGGACCCCGAAUGUGUUCCAGACAGAGAGUUUUGAUAGCACUGUCCAUCAUAACGGCCUUCGCCAUGCUGUUUUACUCACACUGUUUCUUUACCAUGAAAACAGAUCAGAUCGACGAUAACGAACGUCAGUUAUGUAGAAUUCGAGAGAGCUAUUACCAUGUUCUUCGAGUCAUCACGUAUUUUGACAGUAUCGUUACAUUCAUCAUACCAAUCGCGGCCGUAUUUGUGUUCAAUAUUGCCGUAAUACGAGCAAUUCGUAGAUUCUACUUCAGACAAUUCCAAAUGAGCCACGGACGACUGUAUUCAUCCACUUCUCCACUGUAUAAUAUACUAUCCAAAGCACAGGUCCGACUAACGGUAAUGCUCAUAAUUGUAUCAUCUGUGUUUCUUGUUCUUAACCUGCCCAGUCAUGGCAUUAGAUUUUUCAUACUCGUCAACGAUUUUUUGAAAAGACGACAGGAAAAUUUCCACCUCUUCCUGAUUCAACAUUGCCUCCAAAUUAUGUAUUAUAUUAAUUUUGCCAUCAAUUUUGUUUUGUAUUGUACAUUUAGUAAAAGUUUUCGUAGGUGUUUCAAAGAAUCAUCCAGAUGUCAAAAGUUUUAAGAAUACGUCAAAGUAUUGUGAUAGUUUUGGUUCAGAAUAUUAUUGUCUGUCUAUAUUGUUUUGUACAUACGUGCAAUAAAUGUCACACUU